UACCUUUGCUUUGCUAAUUUUUUAUCUCUCCCUCUCGUUCUCUUGUUUUGCGGAGAGGCGGGGAGAGAGAGAGUUCGAGAGUGUGCAAAUGGUAGUUUCUGCAAACGUUAUUCCCCGCAAUAAAACCUUAAUUGCUCACAAUUUCCCACUUUUAAACCUCCGAAACCCUAAUUUCAUACUCAAGUCUGCAUCUCCCUCUCGACGUCUCCCAUGUAAGAAACUAGUUUCUGUUUCUGCCUCUGCAGUGAAGGUCACCUCUGAUUUCCAAGUUGAGGAAAAGAUAUCGGAUCCGAUUUCCAGUAAUUGGGCAGAGUUCGCUAGAAAUGUUUCUGGGGAAUGGGACGGGCACGGAGCAGAUUUCACAAAGGAAGGAAAACCAAUUGAACUUCCUGAAUCCGUCGUACCGGAAGCCUUUAGGGAGUGGGAAGUUCAGGUGUUUGAUUGGCAGACGCAAUGCCCUACACUAGCAGAAUCAAAGGAACGUGUUCUGUCGUACAAAUUGAUAAAGCUACUUCCUACUGUUGGGUGCGAAGCUGAUGCUGCAACACGGUAUAGCGUUGAUGAGAGGAAUGUGGGAGGACCAGAUAACAAAGUUGCAGCCUUUGCAUAUCACCCUAGCGGAUGUUACGUAGCUAUGUGGCCUGUGGAGGAUGAUGAUGACCGAGAUAUGCACAGACUGUUGGAGUUGGAGCAUUGCUUGGUUGAUCCUCUAAAUCGGGAGUCGCGUGUGAGGAUAAUUCAAGUUAUGCGUUUAGACGAUACGGUCUCAUCGUUGCAGAAUAUCAGGGUCUUUCGCGAGCAGUGGUAUGGCCCAUUCAGAAAUGGGGAACAACUUGGUGGGUGUGCUCUUCGCGAUUCUGGAUUUGCUUCCACCGAUGCCUUGAAAGAUUCUCAAGUUCUCGGCACAUGGAAUGGUUCUAAGACUGUUGCGAGCUUCCAAGGUUCCCAAACUAAUAUUCUCCAAGAAUUUGUUGAUGAGAAAGCAGAAAGAACAGUAAGAGAUAAACACGGUCUUAUACUUCUCCCAAAACAAUUAUGGAGUUCAUUGACAGAAAGAGAAAAUGGUGAAGUUUGUGGGGAAGUGGGAUGGUUAUUAGACAAUGGGCACACUAUGACAUCAAGAUGUGUUUUCUCCAAAGAUGGAAAGCUGAAGGAAAUUGCUAUUGGACAUGAAACUGUAGCCUCAGAGGAUGAAUAGCCCAUGAUAUCAACACAAUUUCACAAGAAAAUAAAUGAAAUUGACAACUUGUAUUCACAGGCACGCUCAGUAAAGCCAUGUAAGGAUGCUUUUUCUAAAAUUUCUCUGAUGUUAAUCAUGCACCAAUUUAUUAUGUACCGCAAGAAACAUUGUUGUCUGGUAGAGGAAAUGACCCUAUGCCGGCAGACCAUCUUUUUUUUUUCUUCUUUUGUACACACCAUCAAAUAUUACCGUCACUUAUAUUCAAUGUGUGUGUAAAAAAGGUUUACAAAAUCAUAUAGAAUGGCUAAGGUUAAACCAGAGAAAGGGCAUAUUCUUA